ACACUUACUAAUUUAUAAUUUGGUUUAUCAACUAGAAAUAUUUAUCUGCCUAUGACUGCAGCUGGAAUCACUAAGCUUUCACAGAGAUUACAACUAAUUAGGCCACAUAAAGUGCACCAAAUUAAACGCAUGAUGAGUAGGUGGACGGAAAAUAUUGAUGAGAGAGGUGAAACACGAAGAAACUCGAAGGAGGAGUGGUGGGUGCCACAUCGUCGAACAGGAAUAUAUUUUCCAACAGGGCAAGAAAGAGUGAUGAAUGAUAUACCAAAUGGUGCAGCCUCUCUUCCCCAAAAUUAUUGGUUAAGGGGUGAAGAUGGUGUUGAAAAACCCGACCCGGAUUCUCCCAUUGCCUAUAAACAUUACUACUAGUUCUUAACUACUUAUUAGAUGAUAAAAUAAAAGACUUGGGAUCUUCCAAAAAUAAUUACUAGUGAUCUUAUAAUAUAUAUAUAUAUAGUUGUAAUGUAAUGUAAUGUAAUAAUAAGAUACGUUGCAAAAUAAUGUAUUACUAUAACAUAUGGUUUCAUAAAUAUUAAACCACUAUAUUCAUGCAUGUUGGAAAAAAGAAAAAAU